GGACACGGGGACAUGGGGACACGGGGUUGGGGACAUGGGGCCACGCCGGGCCACGUUGUCCUUGACCGGUGCCACGUCUUCUGCUACGACCCCGCGGGGCUGCCGGCCGCCCCGCGCCCGCCCCGGCUCUUCCAGGACCCCUCGUGGCUGGCGGAUUGGGGCCGCUUCGGCUGCGCCGCGACCCCCCGCGCCCCGCCGGCAGGCGGGGAAGGGCUGGUGCCCGCCGAUGCCACCUACGCGGUGACACCGGCGGCGGGGACCCCGCCGGGGGACGGCCGCCCGCAGACCCUGCUCCUCUUCCUCUUCGUGCGGCACCGGGACCCCUUCCAGCCCUACGACGCCGGCACCCGCCGCCUGCUGCUGGCGCACGCGGAGCCGCUGCUGCUGGGCAGCCGCCGGGCCCUGACCCGCGGCGUCCGCGCCCUCGUCCACCCGCUGCUGGAGGCGCUGAGCCGGCGGGCGCAGGGCCAGGAGCGGCUGGCGCGGGCCCUGCCGGUGGCGCUGGACGCGGUGAGCGCCGUGGUGGCCGCCAGCACCAGCGCCCGCUUCCGCCGGCGGUGCCUGCGCAUCAUGCAGGUCGCCGACACCCCGGCGCUGGCCGCGGCCGCCCACCAGAGCCUGGCCGAAAUCUCCCGCUGCCGCCUCCUGCGCUGCGCCUCCUGCGACCCCCCCGCGCCCCCGGAGGCGCCGGACGCGGGGGGCACGGAGCAGGGCGACCCCAGGGCGUCCCCCAGCACGGGGGGCACCCAGGACCCCCCCCCGGACCCCCCCGAGGGGAGGCAGUGAGGGAGCCCCCAGGUGGCCCCCAGUUAGCCCCAG